AUGACGCACGAAAGCUUAGCACCUUUUCAGCGGAAUCGAAGGAGAUUGCCUCGGAAACAGCGUCCGCAUGAACGUUCCAGUAAAGCCAAUCGACAGCUGGUCAAGAGGAAUCCGCCGUCGUUUUCUGGUGGAACGGACCAUCGGAUCUCUUUAUCCAACACUUCCACUCGAAAUGGAAAAUGGAGUUUCGUCUUGACAAAGUUGGUAAAAGCAGAACUGAUGAAAGCGAAACGUAGAUUUAUCGAGUCGGAUGGAGGAUACGACGAGGUCUUAAUGGUACAGACCACCAAUUUCCAUCGGUUUCCGGUCCGGCCAAAUUGCGAUUCGCUUUCAGCCAACUUUUCGCAUGAAAUGCAACCAUUAGGCAAAUCUUUUAAACCCAGCUGUUCUUCAUGUAUACACUGGCAAACUGGCAGGCUGUUUGUUGUAAGACCAGUGCACGAUACAGUUGAAGACGAACUUGAUGCUGCCAGUGAAUUCCCCUCGGAUUUGUGGUCUAAACUCUGCUCCCAUUCAGGGUGGGUGCCAGAUCCCAACUGCCCAUCGCCUCGCAAAUGCCUCCAGCCGGGAUUGGAAAGCGAGUGGAGCGUGCAAACUGCACCAAUUCGCAGCCCGUCAAUCCCAAGGGCCGAUUGGUCGAUUUCAGCCAAUCAUGGCUCGCUCCUGAAGGGGCAAAGACAAAGCCACAGGGAAAAAUUGUCCAAUCACCUUAGCCCAGCACAUGAAUGCCUGGGCUGA